AUGGCGUCGAUCAUUGCAGGAACGUGGUCCUGGAUUUCAUCCUCGGCCGAGGUCAUCUCAAAGGCUCGCGGGAUGACGGUCGGAAUCCACCGUCUGUUGCAACCAGAUUUCGUCGACCUCAGCGAUGCUGACCGUCGAAGGCUGGUGGGCUUGCAGCGAAGAGUCCAUGCCAUGGUCCAGCCCCUCAAUUUCUUAUUGCUGUGGUCAAAGUACCGUGACUACCGAGUACAGCAGGUGGUUCUUGGUGCUCAAGAACUGCUUUUUGACAUCUAUUCCUUUAUUGAGUGCUUCGUUCCGGACGAGAGCCCCAGGGGCAGUCAGGCCACUGGAACAAAGCGUCGGUGCAGCAGCAGCCUCACAAAGUCCGAGCAGCUGGACCUGUUUCUUCGUGAGCUGGACUUCACCUGCAUGUCCGUGAACAUGGCAAUUUGCAUGGAGGCUGGAAAGUCAGCCCCUCCUUCAGCAAGGCUGCUGAGGCAAGAUCUCUCUUUGCUUGCUUUGCUUCGAGCCCACAGGCGCAUAAAGGAGAUGCACGGUCGCAGUGGCCAUUUGUGCACUCUCACAGGCUGCCUCUACCAGGAUGCCGGCAGCCCUGACUUGGCCAUGACAGAUGGCGUUGCUUGUGCUGAAGAAUGGCACAGCCAGUGGACGCCGGCACUCUCGCUUGCAACUUUCAAGGUGGUCGCAGUGCUUGGUUCGGACAGAAGGUACCAUCUUGAGGUGGAGAGUCGCCUGCCAUUGAGUCAAGGUGAUUUGCCAUCGCCUUCUCCUGCCGACGAGGAAACAGCUUUGGCAGUCGGUUUGAACUCCUUCACCCGGAUGGAGUUCCCGAUACACAUUGCCUGCCGCGCCACCCUACUCACGACCGGUCAUCUGCGACUGGCUACAGGUUCUGCAUCACCUGGUCCACAAGACAUGGCAGUCGACUCGUUGGCUCUGGUUUGGGACGGAGAUGUGCAGAACGACGAGUGGGAAGGGCGAGACAGCAGACGACAGGCCCCCUUCAAGGGGCGACGGUUCGCGUUCGUGUUUGACGGACGGAACUCUGGCUGCGAGGGUGACACUUCCGGCCUUGUGCCAGAGCUUGCCCUUACUCCUCUGGAUGCCAUCUACCUGGCACGUCUUUGCGCGGACUGCGUUGAGUUUGCAGCGAUGUCUGAGAGCAACGAUCUGAACAAUGGACUUGGAGAUUGCGGGACAAAGAAAUGUGUGACAGCCAUUCGAGAUCGUCAAGUCUUCAUGAUGGGGGCUCGUACUGCAAAGUCAGCAGCAGGUUCAUGCACCCAACUCCAGCAGCAUUGCCCGGGUAUCCCUUGUGCUACGCAGAUCUACACACUGCAUGUUCUUCGCUUUCCGCGACCUCUUGCGAAGUUGAACUGA